GACGACAGCAUGUCUGGCCGCGGCAAGCAGGGAGGCAAGGCGAGGGCCAAGGCCAAGUCGCGCUCUUCGCGGGCCGGCCUGCAGUUCCCCGUGGGCCGCGUGCACCGCCUGCUGCGCAAGGGCAACUACGCCGAGCGGGUGGGCGCCGGCGCGCCCGUCUACUUGGCGGCCGUGCUCGAGUACCUGACGGCCGAGAUCCUCGAGCUGGCCGGCAACGCCGCUCGCGACAACAAGAAGACCCGCAUCAUCCCCCGCCACCUGCAGCUGGCCAUCCGCAACGACGAGGAGCUCAACAAGCUGCUCGGCAAAGUCACCAUCGCCCAGGGCGGCGUCCUGCCCAACAUCCAAGCCGUCCUCUUGCCCAAGAAGACCGAGAGCCACAAGGCCAAAGGGAAGUGAAGCUGCUCUUCUGGGCCUCGCAGUUCUCCUUGAAACUGAACCAAAGGCUCUUUUCAGAGCCAUCCACACCUUCCAGAAAAGAGCUGGCAAUCGCCGGAUUGCUGUUGCCUCAAUCCUUUCUUGCUUUCCCCUUUGCUACAGUUUGUAGAAAUGGAGGCCAUGUGACAUGUGUGCUUUCAAAUCAUUUCUCAUUAGUUUUAUUUGUUGACGAUAUUCAUGGUUAUCAAAGUUGGCAAUUAUGUCUUUGAUCUACUGCACUUAGUUUAAAUUACAGCUGUAUUGUCAUGGUUCCUAUUUGGAUAAGCUCUUGAACCUGACAAACUAAACCAAAACAUAAUGUGUGGUGCUGGGAAUGUGAUAGCUUGUCAGUUUGGACAUUACUUGUUGCAGUCAACUUCACCACGUGAAGCACCCGAACACUUGGCUGCCAACCUGUCUCAAAGUGUAAAAACAGAAGAAUAAGCACUAUAAAUCUAGAUUAAGGUAGGUAGCCGUGAUGGUCUGAUGCAGCCAAAAUAAAUAAAUAAAAAUUGUCCGGUAGCAACUUAGAGACCAACUUAAGUUUGUUCCGGGUAUAAGUUUUUGUGUGUAUGCAUUUCAGGUAUCUGAAGAAGUGUGCAUGCACACGAAAGCUUAUACCCAGACCAGAACAAACUUACUGUAGUUGGUCUCUAAAGCACGAUAAAGAUUUUCUAAAAGUUGCUUGUCAUUAAAAACUAGGUAUGGAGUUUGCUGUCGGUGAGCAAUUCUUCCCCUAGCACAGGCGUUACUUUCCUGCCAUUGGGGGACCUUUUGCCAAUUUUCUAGCUGGAGAAUAACUUGGGGAAAGCGAAAUGGAAGAUGAAAAAACAUGCUUGGGCUGCAGCCACCUCUGUGUUGGCAGGGAUCCUUCAUGUCCUGGAGCAUGGUCUGAUUCCUGCCUCCAUAUAAUGUUUUCAACUAGCUGUUGAACCACUUUGUUGAAUAUAUGCAUAUUUUGGCAGAUCCCCCUUCCUUUGGAGGAUCUAGUCUGACAGCACCCUUCUGAGUGCUCUUGUCUUAGUAUACAAAUUACCGUAUACUGCUGCAAGAUCAUCACAUGGAUGAUGUAUUUACAACAAUUAUAUCCUAUGCUUAGGCUUUGAGUCAUAAAUUUUAAUAAGCUGGAAAGGCAAAGAACUUAGAGGUGCACCCCACCCCACCCCACCCCGUAACCAGAUAUAUGGCAGAGGGCCUUGGGGAGAUGAGUAAAGCACAAAAGAGCAGAAUACUACCGUAUUUUACCUUAUGUCAGGGAAGGUGCUGUUUAUGGUGUAGCCUAGAGAGGCCUUUUGAAUUAAUGUGACAUGAUGCACAUAUCUAAGUUGAGUCCAAAAUUCAGCUGUGGAUAUGGGCAAUAGAUUUGGGAAGAAGUGCAAUAACGGUAUUCCACCAAGUGACCUGUUGGAGCCUUUAGGACGUAGCAAACUUAUUUUACUGCUUUGUUGUGGGGACUGGCCAGAUGGGAAUUGGGGAAAAAGAAGCACAAACAAUAAUUUAUCAAGCAAAAGAAUCCAUUUUAAAAAUCAGAGCUGCUCUUCAAAACACAGGAAGAAAAAUUGAGAAAAAACACACAGCAUAAAGUCAGCAAUUGUGCAAAUAAUACUUGUUGUUUGUUUACAUUUAGUGGUAUGGGUAGCAGAUGCAAGAGGAAGCCAAAGGCUCUUGCCCUGUCCAAAUGGGUGUGGCAGAAGAGGUGCAGGGAUGGAAGAGGCUGCACUAUCAGAAAACUGCCCCUCUCCUUGACAACUCUUUUGUCCAUCAACUUUGGUCACCAUACUCUGCUUCUCUGCUGCCAUGGAUGCCUUUAAGCCCUCAGAUAUACAUUUUGGAGGUCCAUACUUAACCGGAAGCAACACUUUAGCUAAUGGGGCCUCCUGCUGCUGCCACAUGAUUUCUGUUCUCAUCCUGAGGCAAAGUUCUUAACCCGAGGUACUAUUUCUGGGUUAGCAGAGUCUGUAACCUGAAGCGUAUGUAACCUGAAGCGUAUGUAACCCGAGGUACCACUGUAUAGCAUUUGCAGAUGAACAGAGGCUCUAACGGGAAGUGAAUGAAUGGAGAAUCCCCACCUCCCAUGUAUCUGUGGAUUUUUACACACAUUCAAAAGUUGCCAAUUCAGCCAAAGUACACCCUGCCAUCAGUAGAGAAUAAAUACCAUUUAGAUUUGCAGAACUGGCACUUGCAAAGUGUUUCCUCUGCACUUGCAGGAAACCAGUUACUUAGUGUGGCAGCUCCUACACUCUGGAACUCACUGCCCAUUGACAUUAGGCAGACGCUGUCUUUGUAUUGUUUUCAGUGCCUGCUAAGAACCUUUCAGUUUCAGCAAGACUAUCUAGCCAUGUGAUUUUAGCAUGUGAUUUUUAAAGUAUAACAGCUGUGCAGUUAUUGGUUUUAAUUUUUAGUGUAACUUGUUUCUAAUGAUUUUAACAAUAUUUUAAUGAAGAAUUUCAACUUUCUUUUGUUCAAUCUAAUCUAGCUUUCCCAAAUCUCAUGCUCUCUGGACGUUCUGGAUGGCAGCUCCGGUUAUCUGCAGCUGUCUUGUCUGCACAUAAAGUGGAUUCAAGCACUGACAAAACCAUUGUACUGACAUGGGGAAACUAACUUUUGAAAUUGAACUAAACAAUUUGUUUUCUAAAAAUGAUGUUUUAUAACUUGUCUCAUCACGUAUUUGAAUAUGAUCUACUGCACCCUCUGGAGAGUUUAUUUCAGAUGUGCAUCAGAAGGUAGAGGCCCAGUUAACAAUGCAAGAUCAGUCUUAAAGUGAGCUUCUAGUUGUGUACUACUGGCCUAAGAAUCCAAAGAGACCUGGAACAGGAGGAUUGUUAAUGGAAAAAUCCGAGGGCUCCCUUGGACAAAAACAAAGACACCAACAAGGAUUACUUGGAGCAAAACAGCAGCCUGUAGGCUUGGCCUUUAUUGAUCUGUUGCAACAGGGUGCUCCCCUCACCUGCAGGAGAGAGGAGGGACCCAGAAAAAUGGCAUGCAAGGCCUUAUAAAGACAUUUGAAAUUGCCACCCUGUAGAUCAAGACCACCCCCAGAAACAUCAUACAUACAUGACAGAAGGGGUGUAACCUAAGACCACUCCUCAGAUACAUCACACCUACAUCACAGAAAAGGCAGUCUAAAACAGAACAUUUGAAUAUUGUUUUUCUCCUGUUUUUGUUUAUCUCCUGUCUGGCAGGUUACUUGAUUGGAUUGCCUGGGGAGCCUGGCCAUUCUUUUGUAGUGAUAAAUACUUAGUUCCUGGGCCAGGUCACAGGCUCACACCCUAUUCAAACACAGACAUACCCUUAAGACAGGAUUUGUGAAGGAAAAGACAAUGGGGAGGCUUUUCCAGUUUGACCUUGCAGAGAAAACAUUUGCUCAGUUUAGGAAUCAAAAUGGUUCCAGGUUGGCCUUCCUGUGCUGAUAUAUGUAUGUGCUUGGUUGGUACACUUAUGAACAUUACCAUAUAUCUAAGACCAUAAAAUUCCUAUCAGGCUGAAACAUAAAGCUCUCUACUGCAUGUGCACACACAUUAACAGCAAAAGCAAUCUCUCUAAGGUGCUACUGGACAAUUUUUUUAUUUAUCCAGAUAGAGAGUGAGAUAGUAAUUUUCUACCCACAAAUCUCAGCAAAUGAGAGUAGUUAGGAAAGUACUGAAUUGAUAUCUUAGGGUGUUUAUGCAAUGGCAUGUAUUCAGUUGAAGAGUAGCAGAAAAGGGUUCCAAAUGUACCGGUACUCAAGCAGCCAGUAUCUGCCAGCUUCCACCAUCUUAUUUGGUUUCAAAACAGUAAUUAUAUCCUAGCCGACAAUUAUUCAGUCCCAUGUGCUUCUCCGUUUAACACAGGAUGUCUCUAAUGGGAUGUUUUUGAUCUUGAUUUCUGGUUCUUCAAACACAAGAAAUGCAAAGAGCAAGGAAAGAGGCUGUUGCAAAUUCUCUGGUUUAAAGAGCAGUUCCUUUCUCAAGCUACCAAGCAAGCAAGCCUUGGCCUAAGUGGAAAUUUAGUGACCAAAAAAAGUAGACUGAAGUGGCCCUCUGGGUCUUCUAGUUGCCAGAGCAGCCUCCAGAUUUCCAAAGCCUUAGGUGCCCACAUCACAGACUGAAGCAGUGGUUUGUCUUUGAAAUAAAUAAUUCCUUCCCCAAGGGAGUCCCUGCCUCAUAAGGAGGACUGGGACCUCGGAAGGAGAGCGGUUGUGGAUGCUUCUUACCCGUCGGGAAAUGUCAGAGACCACACCAGGAUUGGUGAAAAAGCAAAGUCUGAUCUUUAUUGAAAGAAUAGGAAAAAACCAAAACUGUUGCAACAGGGUCCCCCCUCACGUCAUAAAAACGGAGUGAGAACCUCGAACAAAGGGCUGCUUUGACUCUUAUACCUUUUGGUUUCCAAACAGAUCAAUAACAGCAGAGGUGGCGGGAAGCGACCUGAGUGGGGAGAAGAGGGGAUUAACAUAAGGUAAGUAGGAUGUUGUAAGAUCUUGGGAGUUGUCAGUUUUGCUGGAGGGCUGGAAUAAUAUGCGUUGAGCUUCUUCUGGAUCUGGUUAAUGGCUGUUCCUUUAUCUACAGGAAAGCUUUCCAUAGCUGCUAAUAUGCAGAUCGUGGGCUGGAUGUUCUGGAAAUGGCUUCAGUGUUAAUGUGAGAUCCUGCUCUGCGUUGCUAUCAAUUCGAGUGUGAUAGUCUCAUGUUUCCAUACUUAUUGGAAAAUAAAACUACUUUAUUUUGGGUUGUAUUCGUGGCAUUAUUUGCAAACUCAGUAGAUGGCAGUGUGGUGGAGAGUGUUUUGGCAGCUAGGAUUGGAUACACAUAGCUGUCAAGUGCCCCUUAUUUGAAGGGACAGUCCCUUAUUCCAGCCCCAUGUCCCGCUGCUGUCCCUUAUUGAUGGGUGUCCCUUAAAUGUCCCUUAAAUGAUGUCCCUUAAAUUUCAAAGGAAGCAGCUCCUCUUCCUCCCUCCCUGCCGGCCAGGGAGGAGGGAGGCUCCAACUGUGUUGCUUGGCUGUAUUGCUCACCCAAUAAAAGUCUAAGAACGACUGGGGGUGGAGCUUGCAUGCCUUGUGUGUGGCUAGUUAAUGCAAGCUGAGGAGGUUUUUGAAUGCUGGACGCCAUUUUGUUGCACGUGCUGCUGCAAACUUUGCAGUGCAAAGCCAGGCUGGGGAGCCACUUAAGUUGAGGCUGCAUAGGCCUUGUGGUGCAUGUGAUUCAGAUUCUAUUCAGUUGAACCUCUGGUUACAAAGUUGGUUGGACAGUGUUCUCGAAGCUACCCAGCAUGAGUUUGACCAGACUGCAGGAGGACAGGAGUGCCUGGAAGAGGUGAGGCUGCAGGUCCCUUAUUUUGGCUGCUGGUCCCUUAUUUUCAAAUCUGUAAGUUGACAGCUAUGGAUACAUUCAGAAAAUACAGCAUAGUACAGCGUUUUGAGAAAAAUACAUUUCAGUAAAGAUACAUUCAAGGAAAAGACAUACAUUUCAGUAAGGAUACAUUCAGUUCUUUCAGAUACAUUCCUCUACAUUUCUGUAAGGAUACAUUUAGAUACAUUCUUAAGUCAAUGAGAAAACACAGCAAAACGAUACAUU